UCAUUGGAAAUAAAUAUUUAGCUAAUUAGUAAGUAAAUAUGGGGAAAUAUCGCACUCUAUUACUUUCAUCCUAAUCCCUGUCAGCAAAGUUCAAACUUUAGCCUGUCGAAAGCCACUAAAAGCUUGUUGGUUUUCUCUAAAUAGUACAAAUUCUUAAUCGUUUAAAGCAAACCUUUUGAAGCUUUUCCUUUAGAAAAUAGCUUAAAUCCUACUUAGUUUUAGGAAAUUGUUCUAAAUGUUAAUAUUUAGAUGGAAGAAAGAAGCUGAGUUUCACAAGGCCCUGAAUAUGAGCAAGGCGUAGAUCAAGCGACCUAUCAAUUUGACCUGAAUUUUGAAGACAACAUCGCCCAUUUUGAUCGAUUAAAUAUUGCUAAAAGAAGAGCUUUCCGCUAUGAUGAAAGCGAGAUAGCAAAUACAGAAGACCCUGAUUUUAUUGAUUCUUCUGAAAAGCAAGAGACUAUUGAUAAUUUACUGCCAAGAUACCCUGAAAUAAAGCCUCAUGCUGGAAUUUAUCAGAAGAAGAUACUUUUUGAGAGAAAUUCUAAGAAAAGAAGGCCAAGGUGGAACGAAUUUAGCCUUCAAACAAAUAUGGAUGAGAUCCCCAGAGAGGAGUCUAAAAUUGACAGUGAAAGUACCAAAAUUGAGAAAGAAGAGAGGAAAGUUUCCCCUAAAGUGAACAAAUCACCUUCUUUGAACUUAAAGUCUACCAAAGCUGAGAAGACUCAUAAAUAGAUUUGAAUAUAAGCCAGUGCCUCAAAAAGAUUGAAAUAUGAGAGAUCGGCUAAAAGUUUGCUCGUCAGACUCUAAACCUAUAAUGAAGAGGCAAGGUAUGCAUACAAGUCAUAUUUCUGGGUCAACUAUCUCUAAGAUUGCUUCUAAGUCAGAUCUUAAGGAAGAAAAUAAAUGGUCUUCUUCUCAUGAAACUGUAUCAUACUCAAUUGAAGAGGUAGCUCAUACCAACGUACAACCAAAGGAAGAGGCAGUUUUUGCAAAAUAGAAGGUCAACCCUCAAGCCAAAAGACUGGAAAGAAAGUGAAGAUACGCAUUUAAUAAAAUGUGUCAAUAAACACAAAGGGAAUUGGAAGAAAAUUGAAAAAGAAGUCAACAAGAAUUUAGAAAAAAAUUUUAGAGAAGGAUGUGCCCGAGUCACAUCGAAGCAAUGAAUGCAAAAAUAUCAAUCUCUUAGAGAAAAGAAAAAGAACGAAUUUGAAAUAACUACAGAUAAGACAAAGAGAAAGAACUUGACUAUCCAAAAGCCAAAAGCUAGAGAGAGGCCAAAGUCUGGAUCAAAGAAAACUUAUGACUCCAAUGGAUAUGAUACAAAGAGGACUCCUUCAACGUUGCCUUCGAGCAGACAAAUGAUAGGUAGUUGUGAUGAGACAGAAAGUAUCAAUGGACUUAAAGAGCAGAGUUCUGAUCAAUUUUCCGGCAAAGAGCAGUAUGUAAGCUAUAUGGAUCUGAGCAGCGAGCAUGGAACUGAUUUCUUCAAGGAUAGCAGAUAGAGAGAUCCUGCAAAAUGAUAGAUCAAGGAUAUCAAGAAUAUCUUGAUGAGGUUGAAGCACAAUAGAGUUAAAAACAAUUAAGUUUGAAAGCUCUCUUGAAUCCCCUCAGAUCUUGAUCAGUCACCCGUCCAAUUAGGUCUUGAAUACCUUCAAUAUCAAUUUUAUGAUUUCAAGUGUA